AUGAAACUUGAUGUCAAAGUACUUCGAUAUAUGUCUUCGGACGAAUUCCGAGUUCUAACAGCAGUUGAAAUGGGGUCAAAGAAUCAUGAACUCGUUCCCCUAACUUUAAUUGCUCAAAUUGCUGGCCUUCGCCACGGAGGUAGUCAUAAAAUUAUCGGAGAAUUGGCAAAGAAAAAUUUAGUAGCAAAAAUCAAAAAUGCAAAAUAUGAGGGAUAUAGGUUAACUUAUGGUGGAUAUGAUUAUCUCGCUUUAAAAACCUUUGUCAAACGUGGAAGCGUGUCUUCUGUAGGCAAUCAAAUCGGUGUUGGAAAAGAAUCCGAUAUAUAUAUUGUUGCUGAUGAAAGUGAAAAUCAACUUGUAUUGAAAAUUCAUAGACUUGGACGCGUUUCUUUCCGUGCCAUAAAGUCAAAACGCGAUUAUCUUCAAAAACGUAAAUCAGCUUCGUGGAUGUACAUGUCACGAUUAGCAGCAAUGAAAGAAUACGCAUUUAUGAAAGUCUUGUAUGACAAUGGCUUUCCUGUACCACAACCAAUCGACCAAGCUCGACAUUGUGUAGUGAUGGAAUUAAUAGACGCGUAUCCACUCCGUCAAAUAUCAGAAGUAAAAGAUCCAGGAAAACUUUAUUCUGACUUGAUGAAUUUAAUAGUAAAAUUAGCACAAUAUGGUCUCAUACAUGGUGACUUUAAUGAAUUUAAUAUCCUUGUGAAAGAUAAUGGAGAUCCUAUAUUAAUUGAUUUUCCCCAAAUGGUUUCUAUAUCACACUUUAACGCUGAAUGGUACUUUAAUCGAGAUGUUGAAUGUAUUCGUACUUAUUUUCGUAAAAGAUAUAAUUACGAGAGUAUGUUAUAUCCAAAGUUUAAAUUAGAUGUGAAUCGUGAAUUUUAUUUGGAUGUUCAAGUUUCUGCUAGUGGAUUCACUAAGCAACAUCAAGAAGAAUUAGAAGCGUAUCAAGCAGAAUUAAGUGAAAAUCAAGAUAUAGAGGAAGAUGAGGUCGAAGGUAUAUCUGACGAUAAUUCAGAUUACGUUGAACAGGAGAAUGAGCGUUCUGAAAUAAUAAAGGAUGUAGAGGUGUCUGAACCCGAAACUGAAGAAGAAAGCGAUAGCGAUUCAGAGGAUUUAGAUUCUCAUCCCGGUGAUGUUAUAACUUCUAACUAUACUUCAGAUAAAAAGAGUGAUCUUGAAUUAGAACCGGAACUUUUAAAUAAUAAUAGGAAAUAUAAAGCGUAUAGGGAUAUAAUUAAAAAUUCCACAUCAAAUUCUUCAAUAAUAUCUACUACUACUACGACUUCCACAAUACGUUUAACAGAAUCAGAUAUCAAAGAACGUGUAGCUAAAUCCUUAAAAAAAUCUAAUAAGAAAAAAUUUCAACAUAAUAAAAGAAAUUAUACCAAAG